CGCCGCCGUCCCCCCCGCCCCGGCGCCCUCGCCGACCUCUCGCCCACUCGCAUCCUAACCCAAAUCGCCCUCCUCCAGAUCCUCUACUACGCCGUCGCCAGCAUCCUCAUCGCCUUCGUCCUCCUCGUCGCCGGCACCACCCCGACCCUCUCCCACCUCCUCGACUGGCAUCACAUCCGCGGCGACGUCACCACGGGGUGGACACUAGCUCUCUGCUGGAUUCUCGAUUCUCUAAUCACAGUGAUCCCAAUACUAUUAUUCAUUGCGCGGUCGAAAUUAGUCCCGGAUUUCGCGCUCACCAUCCACUUCCUACACCUGGUCGUGGUGAGCUUGUACGCGAGAAGCGUGCCGAGUACUGUGUAUUGGUGGCUGGUGCAGGCUUGUUCCGCCGCGCUGAUGGUGAGCGUGGGGGUGUGGGCUUGUCAGUGGCGGGAACUGCAGCCCAUGGCCUUCGGCGGGAAAGGGAAAGGGAAGGGAAAGCAGAGGGUGGUCGAGAACGGACACGCGCAGGGAGGUGCAACGGGCGCGGGCGAGGAAGCGGGUGAGGGAUUUGCGGUGGGCGGUGGGAGAGGUGGGAGUGGAAGGGAUGGAGGGGGAACGUAUGAGAUGGUUGGGAUG